UUCCCUUACAGGAGAUCUACAAGAAUCGCGAAUUAUUUAACACUCGCGUGUUUGAGGUAGCAUUUAAGGACCUCUACAACCUUGGUCUUCAUGUUAUAUCAUACACAGUGAGGGAUCUCACUGAUGAUCUGGGUUAUCUACAAGCUCUGGGGAUGUCUCAGACAGCACAGGUUAAGCGGGACGCCAAGAUUGGUGAGGCUAUAGCCAAGAGAGACACCGUAAUCAAGAACUGCCUGGCGUAUGAGCAACUUGUUAUGGUUAAAUUCGCCAAUGAAACAUUAAUCGCCAAAGCUGAGAGAGAUUACAAUGUACAGAAGCUGAUCUAUGACAAGGAGGUUAAGACUAAGGAAGCGGAAGCGAAUCUGGCUUACCAACUCCAGUGUAGUAAGAUCAACCAAAAGAUUCGAGAGGAAAAUAUGGAGACAAAG